AUGAUGAGGAGACGUUCGUUGAUCCGACAGAUGACUCUGCGUACAUCUUUGAGUCGGGCAAGGUCGAAUAAUGGGUAUGGGUGUGACGAUACGCAGGAUAGCUCGCAGGAGGAACUCGGGGAUGUGGAGAUUGGGAGGCAGGAGAAGGACCCGUGGGAGGUGAGGUGGGAUGGUGGGGAUAGCGAUCCUGCGAAUCCGAGGAGUAUGACAAUGGGGAGAAGGUGGAUCAUUGUGAUUAUUGUGAGCGCGAGUUCGCUCUGUGUGACCUGCACAUCAUCCAUGUACACGUCAACAUAUGCUCAAAUCACAACAGAGUUUCACUGCUCUAGAAUUGUUGCAACUCUUGGUCUUUCCCUCUACAUCAUGGGACUGGGAAUCGGUCCCAUGUUGUUGGGUCCUCUGUCUGAGUUCUAUGGAAGACGACCAAUAUAUCUCGUCUCUUUCAGCUUUUUCCUAAUUUGGAUCAUCCCCUCAGCCGUGGCCCAGAAUAUUCAGACAAUGUUAGUAGCACGAUUUAUUGACGGACUUUCGGGAAGUGCCUUUUUGUCCGUCGCUGGAGGUACUGUGGGCGACAUGUUUAACCGAGAACAACUUCAAUUCCCGAUGUUGAUUUACACCGCAUCACCGUUUAUAGGCCCAUCAAUUGGGCCCUUGAUUGGUGGCUUCAUCAAUCAAUACACUACGUGGAGAUGGACCUUCUAUCUCCUCCUUAUCUGGGCCGGAAUAAACCUGGGCAUGAUUUCGCUACUCGUGCCAGAGACAUACCACCCAGUCUUGCUGCGUAACAAAGCGCGACAGCUUCGAAAGGAAACCGGAGACGAGCGCUGGAAAGCUCCGAUGGAGAAAAUGAACAAAUCGAUACCAAAAACGAUUGCAUAUUCGUUGCUGCGACCUUUUCAGCUAUUGCUUUUGGAGCCCAUGGUCACACUCCUGUGUCUGUUUUCGGCAAUCCUGCUCGGCAUUCUUUAUUUGUUCUUCGGAGCACUUCCGCUGGUUUUCGAAGGUAAUCACGGAUUCACACUAUCGCAGACUGGCUUGACUUUCUUGGGCAUUUUCGUCGGAAUGGUGCUGGGGGCUGCAACGGAUCCGCUUUGGCAUAGGAACUACGACCGAUUGAUCAAGCAACGAGAGCUUGCAACUGGCGAAAUCGGUGGCAGCGAACCCGAAUACAGACUGCCCCCUUCCAUUGCAGGAGCUAUCCUCGUGCCUAUUGGGCUGUUCGUAUUCGCAUGGACGACGUACUCCUCGGUCCACUGGGUCGUUCCUAUCAUCGGAUCAAGUAUUUUUGGCAUAGGAACCCUCCUCGUCUUCAGUGGCAUCUUCACCUUCCUAGUCGACGCCUACCCACUUUAUGCAGCCUCUUCGUUGGCCGCCAAUAGCUUCGCCCGCAGCAGCUUCGGUGCGGCGUUCCCUUUAUUUGGAGUGCAGAUGUACAGGGCGCUCGGUGAUCAGUGGGCAACGAGUCUGUUGGCUUUUUUGACGGUCGCUAUGAUGCCUUUCCCGUACCUGUUCUUUAAAUAUGGAAAGAAGAUCAGGGGGAAGAGUCGGUUUGCGACGGCGUGA